CCGGCCCUGCCCGGACGCCUCUGCAGAGGCCACCCCGGGACUGCGGCAGCCCCGCCCGGCGGCCGCGGGGGCGGAACGGGGGCCGUGGGUGCCGGCGAGGGGGUCGGGCCGCCAGUGCUCUCGGGGCGCCGGCUCCGCCCCUCGACCCUCGGAGCCCAGGGUGGGCGCAGACCCCGGGGCUCCCCGCGGCGGCCACACGCCUGGCUCCGCCCCCGGUGCCACCCCCGGGAGGGGGCGACGUGCCCGAGGCGCCGGGUCCGGACAGCGCCGCGCAGCCCCCGCGCAGCCCCCGCGACCCCGAGUUCCUGCUCGUCCCCCGGCCACACUGCGGCAGCGGCGGGCGGGGGCCGGGCGCGUCGCCUUGGAGCCGGGGCGCGCGUCGCCGAGCCCAGCCCAGCCCGGCCGCUGGGCGCGGAGGAGGCGGCUCGCUGGCCCGGGGGCCGGUGCGCGGCGCGGCCGCAGGAUGCAGGCCAUGGACCCGGCCGCGGCGGGUCUGUACGAGGAGGACGGUAAAGACCUGGACUUCUACGACUUCGAGCCGCUGCCCACCCUCCCCGAGGACGAGGAAAACGUGUCUCUGGCCGACAUCCUCUCCCUGCGGGACCACGGCCUCAGCGAGCAGGAGGCCUGGGCCGUGUGCCGGGAGUGCAGCCUGGCCAUGCAGAGCGUGGCGCACGCCGCCAUCUUCCAGAGCAUGUGCAUCACGCCGGACACCCUGGCCUUCAACACCAGCGGGAACGUGUGCUUCAUGGAGCAGCUCAGCGAUGACCCUGAGGGUGCCUUCGUUCCUCCGGAGUUCGACAUCACUGGAAACACCUUUGAGGCUCACAUCUACUCCCUGGGGGCCACGCUGAAGGCCGCCCUCGAGUACGUGGCGGAGCCCACCGUGGAGCCCAGGCUGAGCCAGGACCUGGAGGCGCUGCUGAGCCGGAUGCAGGCGGAGGACCCCGAAGACCGGCCAGAUCUCCAGAGCAUUGUUGCGCUGUGUGAGGAGAAGCUGCAGCCCCUGUGCUCCUGCCGUGUGUGCCGGAGCCUCUCUGCCGUGGGGAGGAGGGUUCUCUCCAUCGAGUCCUUCGGAGCACUUCAGGAUGUCAGUGAGAGCAGCUGGCGGGAGAGACAUGCCCCAGGAAAUGCUGGGCCCAGGAGGCCGCCUGGGGACCCUGGCACUGACCCGGUGGUUCUGCCUGCCCCUGGGGGCCGGUGCCCGCCCUCCGCCCCUGAAGGACCAGAGUCCGAGGCUAGCCAGGGCCCCAGAGUUUCCCCAACCAAGGCUCUGCUGUCCUCCUCCAUGAGAAACGGCGAGAGCUAUGGCCGGGAGGAGCUGGCCGGCCUCGUCCUGGACGCUGAGUGCCCUGCCGGGGAGCUGGACAGAGACGCCCUCAGGAGAAGCCGCCUGCGGAAGGUGCGGACAUUCCCCAGGCUGCUGCCCGACAGCCCCGAGGCCGCCCUCUGCCUGCCGCUGACCCACAGGAAAAGCCAGCUCUCCGUAUCCGGAUUCCUCCCUCCGGACCCCAGGAAGGCCUUUCUGGAUGGGAAAAAUGGCCUGACUGGCUUCCAGACUCAGCCCACACGCAGGCUGUGGCCAGAGCAGGAGCCGGAACUCCAGCUGGGCAGGGUGCCCUGUGCAGGCCGCAGAGUGGACAGGGUCCCCGGGGCACCCGGCAGCCCAGGCCAGCCUGAGACUUCACAUCCCAGCCUGAGGCUGGCAGAGGCCAGACCCCCACCCUGCCGCGCAGACCCUCGAGAUGGGAGCAGUGAAGCCCAGACUCCCGGGAAUGACGAGGGAGUUCCGGAGGGCGCCAGGCAGCCAGGAAGUGCAGCCUCGGAGCAGCGCGUGUCCCUGCAGGACCUCCUGUCGCAGCUGGGCCGGCCCUUCCGGGAGUACGAGCUGUGGGCCCUGUGCCUGGCCUGCCUCCGCGCCCUGCAGUCACACCCCCAACACCCAGCCUACCUGUGUCUGGACUCCGUGCUGGUCGCUGAGGACGGGACUGUGCUCUUCCAGCCGCCCCCUGCCAAUGGCACCUAUGACUCGUUCUUCCUGGCUCCUGAGCUGGCAGAGGAGAGGCUGGUCACAGAAAAGGCCGCUGUGUACUGCGUGGCCGCUGUCCUGUGGACCGCAGCCAAGUUCGGCGUCCCCCGAAACCAGAAGCUGGCGCUGCCACGCAGGCUCAAGACCCUCCUCCUGGACAUGGCCAAGCGCAGUGCCCCAGAGCGGCCGUCCACGGUGGAGGCCAUCAAGGUGUGCAGCAGCUACCUCCUGCAGCGAGGCAUGGACAGCCGGAGCAUCCUCGCCCACCUCAGAGCUUCCACCUGCCAGGUGUCCCAGGAGGAAGAGACCAUCAGCCUCCAGAACGCCUUCUCAGGGGUUGAACGGAGGCCCAGCGCAGCACCAGCCUCAGAGCCCGGCCCAGGCUUCCUGCCGGUGAACAGCAACACCAGGCUUGUGGCUGUGCCAGGGCCCGUGCCCGGCCAACAUCCCUGCUGUGAAGAAGCCGCCCAGCUGCCCGAGGCAUUCACCUCCGAGGCCACGCACUUCAAGCCCAUUAUCCUCACGCAGGACCCCAGUGUGGCCAGGGACCAGCCUGUCUUGGCCCAGGAGGAAUCCCAGGAGAGGAACGGCCAGAGGGAGAGGGAAGGUGAAGGGAAGCUCUGCCCGGAGAUCCACACCGGGUCACCCAGUCGGAAGGCACCUGACUGGCCACAGGGAGCAGCCCCAGAGCCUCCUGGGGAGUCAGUGCAGCGUGGCUCAGCCCAGGGCUGCCCCUGCCCUCCACCCCAGGCCCCAGCAAACCAGCCAGACGGGGCCUCAGCCGAGGUUCCAAGCCCUCCAGUCCCUGCCCUGCCCACAAAGGCAUCCGCGCUGCCUGAAGAGCGAGGGCCGGCUGGGCAGGUCCUUCCUGGAGUCACUUCCGGGGGCCUCAGGUCCAGUGCCCUAGGGCCCACCACGGCCCAGCACGGCCCUCGACACCCACCCAAGCCUCCCCGAAGCAAGGCCACCGAGCGCCAGGACCAGAAGCCAGAGGGCCCCAGGGCCACCCCUGCCGGGGAGCAUGACAACCAGAGCCCGGACAGUGUCCCAGAGAGGCCACGGCCCGCGGACCGGAGGCCCUGUCUGCCCUGUGUGGACACCUCGCCACUGCCAGGGAGGACGGGCUGCCCGUCGCUGCAGGAGGCCACACGCCUCAUCCAGGAGGAGUUUGCCUUCGAUGGCUACCUGAACAACGGGCUGGAGGCACUGAUCAUGGGGGAGUACAUCUUCGCCUUGAAAGACCUCACCUUCGCCACUUUCUGUGGCGCCAUUUCCGAGAAGUUCUGUGACCUGUACUGGGAUGAGAAGCUGCUGCAGAGCCUCUUCCGGGUGGUGAACGGGCCGGCGUCACCCUCCGCGAGUGCGGCCAAGGAGGCUGGGUCACAGCCGGACAGCAGCCCCAGGCCCUGCUCCCCGUCCAGCAAGAGGCCCUCCCUGCACCGCCUGGGAAAAGAGAAGCCGGCCGUGGCCAGGGCCAGCUGGGCCCCCUGCUCACCCACCUCGGUGUCUGGCGUGGACUCAGACAAACUCUCACGGGGAAACUUUGAAGUGGGAUUUCGGCCUCAGAGGUCCAUAAAAGCCGAGAGAGUGCAGCAGCCUGAGGCGGACAAGGACAGGCAGCCAGCGGGCGGAGCCCCAGACGGGGAGGCCGCGGCUCCGGCUAGAUCCAAGGUGGGCAGCCCGGCCAUGUCCCCCGGCCCCGCUGGACUCCAGAGCUGCAGCCCGGGCUGGUGCAGCGCCUUCUAUGAGGCCGACUGCUUCGGGGCCGACGUCCACAGCUACGUGGAGGGCCUGGGUCGGCAGCACGCGGACGGGGCCCUGCCCGACGCCCACAGCCCGGAGCUGGAGCAGCAGCUCAUGAUCGAGAAAAGAAACUAUCGCAAGACCCUGAAGUUCUACCAGAAGCUCUUGCAGAAGGAAAAGAGGAGCAAAGGCUCCGACGUCAAGACCAUGCUGUCCAAACUGAAAGGGCAGCUGGAAGAAAUGAAAUCCAGGGUGCAGUUCCUCGGCCUGGUCAAGAAGUACCUGCAGGUCCUGUACGCGGAGCGCUGGGGCCUGGAGCCCUGCGCCCUGCCAGUCAUCGUGAACAUCGCGGCCGCACCCUGCGACACGCUGGAUUUCAGCCCCCUGGACGAGUCCUCCUCACUCAUCUUCUACAACGUCAACAAGCACCCGGGCGGCCGGCAGAAAGCCCGCAUCCUGCAGGCCGGCACGCCGCUGGGGCUCAUGGCCUACCUCUACUCCAGCGACGCCUUCCUGGAGGGCUACGUGCAGCAGUUCCUGUACACCUUCCGCUACUUCUGCACGCCCCACGACUUCCUGCACUUCCUCCUUGACCGCAUCAACAGCACGCUGUCCAGGGCCCACCAGGACCCCACCUCGACCUUCACCAAGAUCUACAGGCGGAGCCUGUGCGUGCUGCAGGCCUGGGUGGAGGACUGUUACACCGUGGACUUCACCCGGAACAGUGAGCUGCUGGGGCAGCUGGAGGGCUUCAUCUCCUCCAAGAUUCUACCCCUGGACGGCUCUGCAGAGCACCUGCUGGGCCUCCUGGACGUGGGCAAAGACAGGCGGGCCGAGGGCAGCCCUCGGGGCACAGACCUGGAGAACCCCAAGGAGGCGGAGGAAGACACCAGGCCCUUCAACGCCCUCUAUAAGAGGCUCUCGGAGGACGGCCUCUCCCGGAAGAGCUUCCCCUGGAGGCUGCCACGGGGCAAUGGGCUGGUACUGCCACCGCACAAGGAGCAUCCCUACACCAUCGCCGCGGCACUGCCCAAGCCCUGCUUCCUUGAGGACUUCUACAGCCCCUGCGCCAAGACCAGUGAGAAGGGGCCCUACUUCCUGACCGAGUACAGCACCCACCAGCUCUUCAGCCAGCUCACGCUGUUGCAGCAGGAGUUGUUCCAAAAGUGCCACCCGGUCCACUUCCUGAACUCACGGGCUCUGGGCGUCAUGGACAAGAGCACCGCCAUCCCCAAAGCCAGCUCUUCUGAGUCUCUUUCGGCCAAAACCUGCAGCUUAUUUCUGCCCAGUUACGUUCAAGACAAGUAUCUGCUACAGCUUUUAAGAAAUGCAGAUGACAUCAGCACCUGGGUAGCUGCCGAGAUUGUGACCAGCCACACCUCCAAGCUGCAGGUGAACUUGCUGUCCAAGUUUUUACUGAUCGCGAAAUCUUGCUACGAGCAGAGAAACUUCGCGACGGCCAUGCAGAUCCUGGGCGGGCUGGAGCACCCGGCGGUCAGGCAGUCCCCUGCCUGGAGAAUUCUGCCUGCAAAGAUCGCAGCAGUCAUGGAGGAGCUGAAAGCCGUGGAGGUCUUCCUGAAGAGCGACAGCCUGUGUCUGAUGGAAGGACGGCGCUUCCGGGCACAGCCCACCCUGCCCUCGGCCCACCUCCUGGCCAUGCACAUCCAGCAGCUGGAGACCGGUGGCUUCACCAUGACCAAUGGGGCCCACAGGUGGAGCAAGCUCAGAAACAUCGCCAAGGUGGUGAGCCAGGUGCACGCGUUCCAGGAGAACCCCUAUACGUUCAGCCCUGACCCCAAGCUCCAGUCACACCUCCGGCAAAGGAUCACCCGCUUCAGCGGCGCCAACAUUUCCACGCUGGCCGCAGAGAGCAGGGCCAACUUGCACCACGUCCCUAGCGAGAAGCACUCACGGAAGAUUCAGGACAAGCUGCGGAGGAUGAAGGCCACAUUCCAGUAGCCAAGCUCCAGUGUGGGCCUGCUGUGCAAUUCCAGACCUGACCCGACUCUGAGGGGGGCAGGGGGCUGGGAGGCAGGAACCGAGUCUCAGGUGCCACAGUUAGUGGGGCCCCUCCGCCGCCGGGGCCCGGGGGAGCUGGACCGGGAGAUGGAGGCUCAGGGGACCCCAUGAGAACAGGCACAGCUGAUCUCCUCCCAGCAGACAGAGCCGGGACGGCACAAGAGUCUUGGAGGUUUGCGUGUUUCUGCUAGAAUUAAAAAGUUAAAUUUAAAAAUGAAGAGGAGAGACUGAAGUUCCCAGGAGUUGUGUGCCUGUCUGCGCCUCUCACACACAGAUAAGUGGCUCUUACCCAGUUCCGGCAAUUCCCCCACCAAACAGCGACAGCCCCCACCUCGACUCUGCUAACUUCAGAGCAGCUGCUCCCUGAGCGGGUUUCUGGGCCAGCCUAGGUCGGCUGAGCAACCGAGGACCAAAGCUGACCUCCGAGCUCCAUGCCAACCGCAAGCUGUGGGCCUUUCAAUCUCUGUGUUGACCAUAGCUCCCGGGGUCGGUGGUGGCGGGGGGAGGCUCUGAGACCUCCAUGCUGACAGAAGCUCCCAGGGAGGGGGAACUCUGAGACCUCCAUGCCACCCACAGCUCCAAGGGGGGAGGGGCUCUGAGACCUCAUGCCAACCUCAGCCCCCAGGGAGGGGGGGCUCUGAGACCUCCAUGCCAACGGAAGCUCCCGGGCUCUGAGACCUCCUGUCUGAGACCCUGCCUGCGUUCAUCCCCCACCCACACCCAGGACCCCCUCCUCCCUUCCCCUGCCUGGUGCCCCUCCCCAGCCCAGACCCCCAGGUGCCUGAGGCCUCCUGCUGGAGCAAGCACCUUGGGCUGGCCCCUCACCCAUGGCUCAGGGCCCCCAGCUUAGAACAGCUGGUGUGAGGCAGCCCCCCACCCUGGGCAAAGCCCUGCCUCCUAGAAAGGACCUCACAGCAGCUCCAAGGUGCAGGCUCUGCGGCGGUGACCCAGAGAGUGCCCCUGCCCAUCUCCUACCCCAGAGGCCACUGCUACCCUCGGUCUCCACAGCCAUGCACGUGCAAGGCCUGCAGCCUCCACGGCCUGUCCGCCACCCCGCCCGUGGCCUCUGCAGCUUGCCACACACUUGCACUUCACCAGAGGAGGCAGGUUUUUGGACCCUGGGCAGCUGGUGUGGAGCCCGCAGCCGGGGCAUGGGGACCCACGCUGGCCUGUGGCCAGGUGGCCGGAGCCCCGAGCACCACCCCGGCUCCGUGGCUCUCACGGUGGCAGUCACCGCAAGACCCAGGGCUGUGCUUUUGAGUUUUAGAAAGUCAUUCCUUAGAGCAACCAGCUAGUGGCAUUUCUGGGAAAACUGUCACUUGCGACAAAACGCUGCAUUUUUCAUGUCAAGAUGUGCUUCCCACAUAAACUCCCUGGCGACACCUGGGCCCUGCUUCAACGUAACACAGGAGGAAGCUGGCGUCCUGGCCACGCAAACGGAAAUGCAGACGCAGUUCACGUCCGCUUUUUCUUAGGGUUUUCUAUGAGGAUUAUGUUCUGCUGACCCAUGCCCGAAUUAUCAGAUUCAGUCUUCAACAGAGUGUCGGGUGCAGAUCAAUGCUCCUUCAGUCAGGACUUACUUCAUGGGGGCGGCGGGGGGGCCCAGGUCAGGACUUACUUCCCGGGGGCCCAGGUCAGGACUUACUUCCCGGGGGGUCCCAGGUCAGGACUUACUUCCGGGGGACAGCCGGCUCAGGCUCCAGCUCCACUGUCUGCAUGGCUCCUGGUGCUGUAGCACCGAUUUCUAAAUAAAGUCCUUUCUACCGA